ACUUCCAUCAAAGAUAUCUUUGCUUCUGUUUACUCUUUAUUCGUGACCAUGGACUCGAAAAGUAAAAUAUAAUAUUUUAUACACUAUUUUAUUAAUUGUAGCCAUGUCAUGACUUGUCGAUUGAAACAAAAAGCGAAAAACAAAGAAUAAAUAAUAGAUUAAAUGUGACAAAAUUAAAAGAGGAAUCGACAUGAAAACACUCUUGGUUUUUGUUCCUUCAAGAUUUGACAGCGAAGAACCGGGUCGAAUGUUUGGCAAAAUUGUCAACGAUAAAGAAAACAGUGUCAGCAAGUUUUACAUUAUUGGCAUACAAGAUUUCCCACUGAAAAUCAACAAUGACAUCCUCGGCUAUUUUUCUGGCACCGACAAGGACAAUUGGCAAUUGUCCAAAAGUCAUUCGAAUUGGAUAAAUUUAUAUUUGAACCCCCUCGAGAGAGAUACAAAAAUCAGUUACGAUUAUUGCUUAGAAAAUAUUUUCAUUGACAAUCAAAAAGUUUCACUCGAAACUUGCCAUGCGAUGGUGAUAAUCUACGAUCAACUAUCACUUCUCAAGUCGGAGAUUUUUGUCAAUUUGACUUCUAAGGAUCACUUUUCGGAAUUAAAAGAGAUAUUGGGAAAGAAGGCGAUUCAAGAUGAAAUUCAAAAGAAAACGUGGUUUAAUAUCGUGAAUGAAGGUUUUCUAAUAAAUAUCGCUCUGCUUUUUUUGUAUCCUAUAGUGUUUUUGUGCAGUGUAACAAAUAUGUUGUUGCCUAUUUUGAAGUACUCUACACUUGGAUUACAUGUGAAUGGAUGGCUUGAGAAUUUAAGGUGGAUGCUAAAUUCAAUUAUUGAGCGGAGGAGAAUUACUAUUAAAACAGGAAAUCAUAUUUUGGCGACAAUUGUGGAUGUUCUUCUUGGAAUUCUUAUGUUGAGAUUACUUUCUGCAAACAUUGGCAAUGUUGUUCCGUCUUCAAUUUUAUUGGACAAUGCUGACAAAGUUGUAAAGUCAUUGAAAGGACUUGUUAACUGGUUAAUGGGAUCGCCAGCCGGAUUGAAAUUGAAUCAUUCUUUUAACGCAGUGCUGGGAAAGUUCUUUCUCUAUCACAUUCACUUAUGGUGGACUUUUCUUGUUGUUCUCAAACCUUUAUUGGAUUUUGCUUUCAAAGUUUUGUUGCUCUUUGGAGGUUUGGGUAUUACCUUUCAAAUAUCGAUAGCUGCUGAUCUUUUGGCACUCGUCAGCUUUCAUUCAUACUGCAUUUAUGUUUAUGCAGCAAGAUUGUUUAAUAUACAGGUGAGAGGUCUGACUGCAUUGUUUAGACUAUUUUUGGGAAAGAAAAAGAAUCCACUGAGAGAAAGAGUUGAUUCUUGUGAAUAUCAGCCAGAUCAAUUAUUCGUAGGAACUUUAAUUUUCACGAUUCUCUUAUUUCUCAUGCCAACAACAUGGGUCUAUUAUUCCGUUUUCACGACUCUCCGGUUGAUAAUGAUAGGUCUUGGAGGGACAUUAACAAGACUGAGAUUUCAUGUCCAGGUUAUACCAAUCUACACAUUUUUCAAUUGGAUUUUCAAAACCAAGAGUGCGAGCAGUUCUAUGAAUGUGAGACUUUAUAGUAGGGCAGAAGGACCUAUUACGUUAAUUUCAAAGACUGUCGUCUCUCCUUGGAGUAAAACUUGGAAGCAGUGCGUUCCUGAUACUAUCAAAUUUUAUCCACCAAUUGAAUGGAAUGCGAUUGUAAAAAAUAUUAUUUGGGGACAAUUGCUCUAUCCCUUGUAAGAUAAUUGGCACAUUUUUUUAUUCUGAUUGAGGUACAAAACGUUCAUUAAUUUUAUAAUAA